AUGGAAUCCGACUGGACGUUUCUCGAUCCUUGGCUGUCUACCCUGUGGGGUAGUGUACUAGGGUGCGGCGAGCCUGAACUGGAGCGGGUAUUAUCGGACCAGCAGAUUAUCCUCUCGCCCCUCUAUCCAAAAGCAAAAAAUGUGGAGGAAAAUGUAAUUUACGUCAAGAUUUCAGUGGAUGAAGUCCAUCGACACGACCGAAAGCACUUACAGCAUCUCCGCGAAGCGAUUGAGUUGGUCUCGGCAGUGGCUAUUGUCGACAAUGCAGCGUUCCAGCAGCUCAUGUCCGUCGAACCUGACGAGGCCUGUACCCAUCACCCGAAGUGGAUAUUCUGCAUUUUCGGCACUUUAUCGCCUCAAGACCCUGCUGCAACGCAGUACCACGUUAGCUUUGGCACUCUGCUUGGAUUUCCAAAAGAUCCAUGGGUUGACUCGGCGGAGUUCAAAAAAGCCAUGGAUAACUUGGAAGCAAUGGGUCUGAAAGAAGCUGUGAAGCUCUACAACUUCAGUGAAUUCACUAUCGAUUGGCUUACUGAGAACUCGACUGGUAACAUUGGAGGGCGGUAUUGUCCUGCUCUUUGCGAUGUACCGAGGCCUUUGUCAACUCAUCUAAAGAAACUAUUUGAUAGUGAUGUACCCCCAGUAGUUCAGCUGCACGCGACCGGAAAUGCUGCGAGUGUGGUGAAACGUUUGCAAGAAACUCGUGUGGUGUUAAAGUAUCCCUUGUCAGCCACUCCAGCCGCGCAAUUAUGCGAUGGAUCGAAUGGUGACCAACCUGUAUUGCACCCAACAAUUUAUGCGUUUAAUCUGGAUUUCUCAGAAUCAGGGAUACCAGAGCUGACAACGGCGUUAGCACGAACCGCAAUUCAGUAUUUCUCGCUGGGAUAUCGUAAAUACGACAUGGUCGAUACUGCACAGUCGGUGAUGAGUGCUGGGUAUUUACUGAGUACGUUGGUCAGUGGCCGCUCAAUCUGUGGAGUAACACUAGGAGAUCUCAGCUUUCCGUCUAUCGCUCGUAAUGUGGAGUAUGGCCUCUUGGAUCUGAAUUGCGACUGGGCGCCAGACGGCGUCUUUGCUGCGACGUGUUCUGCCGUAGCGGAGUUGAGCUCGAUUAGGAAGGUGGACUGGCUGGGGUUUUCACGAACGCAAUCUCCUACUCAGAAUCGGUUGUCGUGGGUGCUAUAUGCGCUGUGUUGUGGGUCUUUAAGUGUGUCGAUUGGUACGCUCCAAUGCGAGGGUGUUUCCUUGACGAAGCCAGCUUUGACUGCUGCCAAAGCAACGUUGCAGAAUAAGUUCCCUGGAGUAAUUCAAGAUCAGGGGUCAGUGAACCUACCGAAGUACGGAUUUGUCGAAUUGAAGCAAGGAGCUCAGAUUCAACUCGUUUUGCCUAAUGGUGAAGAAACCGUGCUCGAGGUGUCAAGCCCGUAUCGUUGCCGAGCACGGUACGACCCUUUCAGUUCACCUGAAUUGGUUGAUGCUGUUGUCCCUGGAUACGGAGUUUGCAAAGUUAUCUUGAGAGAUGAAGUCAGCGAAUUUGUCCGAGAUGGCCAAGGAAACUCGGUACUGUCGAGAGCAUUGUGGAAUAGCAUCCGUUCCCUUACAUUUAGCUUUGAAAGUGUCGAAGUAGGCGCGUUGGUAACGGACCUCCUAGGUUUAAUCUGCUGGAGGGUAAAGAGCCUUUUCGUUCGCAAGAGGAAGACCGAGAGGGACCCAACGACUCAGCCUGUGCUGGAUCUGAGUAUCCUCUCGGAGGUUUGUCCAGAUCUAGAAGAGCUCAACAUCAUUGGAUUUAACGUGGUAGUGGGCUCUCGGAGUCAUGCAUUGCGGACUUGGCGUAUCCGGAAGAUUGAGAUUUACGGUUCUACGAUUGUCCCGGAUCUGGGGCCGUGUUUGGAUAACCCUUCAUAUCAAAUGGCUCGCGGGUUAGCGAUACUCACAGUGUCUGCUUCUUACCAAUGGGAGUAUGACAUCAACGAAAUGCUGGCGCUCAACAGUCACGACGGUGAUUAUUUGGCUCUGACGAAGAACAGACUUCCCAGCGAGUCGAAAGCUGCACUGAUCAGUGUCGUGAAAAGCAGAAGACAACGCAAGGCCGUGAACCUUCUCGACGUAUUGUGCCUCAGCCGAAUUUUUGCUUUCGUCUCGACACCUGUCCGACGAUCGGUUCGCUGUCACAAAUGA